CUUCUUUUCUCUCCAUUUCCUAACAUAAUAAUAUUAUCUAAAAAAUUCUGUUUGAGAGAUUGUCUAAAAAAAUUGAUAAAGGAGAUUAACGUUGAACAAUUGUUACCGUACUAAGCAAAAAUGAGCUGUAUAAAAAAAGAUGGCCCACAAGGCCGAGGAGAAUGGAAGCUUCUAACGCGAGCACAAACCCACGAGCGGCGGACGGACGGACGUACGUGACUGCUGAAGACGACCCAGUGGCGACUACGAUCGGACGUGACAGCGCCGACACCGAACGGACAUUCAACUGCCGUUGGAUCACAAAGCUUUCGACGAACACCACCAAAUCUUGUUGCGUACACGCCCAAGCUUGUGACAAACGCCACGGUGACGAUCGUGGGCCACGAGAGGUUGUAAAGUCAACAGGACAAUAGGACCCAAUGGAUACGGAUGCUGUAACGGAAGCAAGCACAUCAGUCAUUUGUGAUAACACUAGUGGUCUGGGGGCAGAUGAACAUGACAGUAUAUCACGAGCUAGUGGAGAUUUAGCAAAUGGCAGUGAAGUCAUAACCAGAUUGGAAUUGGAUGUAGCUCGUGCAUCUGAAAAGUUAGUUAACUUAAAUGUUCUCAUGAUGCGUAUUGCUACACGGGAGAGCGAGUUUGAAGCUUUUGCUUUAGAGAAUGAUCAUAUGUUUGAUGAUUCUGUUGAAAGAGCAUCCGAAGUUGAUCUCCUAGCUGGAUUUUUAGAUUCAGAGGUGGACGGGGUGGAUGCUUUCUUGGCUAGGAUUCAAAAUGAUAUCUUUCAUGCUCAUGAAUUGAUACCUUUCUGCAAAUUCUCCAGUGAAACUUUAAUGUAUUUGGAAGAAAAGUUGCAAGAUUCUGAAGAAUCCUUAAAACAAUCACAUGAACUGAUCUCUGAUAUUAGAAUGCAGUCAGCAAAGUUACAGAAGAACCUAUGUUGUUAUUAUAAUGGAAAUGGUGAUAGGGGAACAGACUUACAAGAGGCUAGUCAAUUGUUGGAGAGGAAUCCUGUAAUAGACAUGCGAACAGCUGAACAUCAGAUACACAUUCUGAAGAUGCUGGAGAAAUCUUUGGCAAGAGAGAUGGAUCUUGAAAAGAAGCUGACUGAAACAAGUCUAAUGGAUGAUGAACUUAAACUGAGGCUCCAUUCUUCACAACAAGAUGUUUAUUCUUUGGAGGAAGAAUUAGAAGAUGUUUGUGGGAGAUGUUUUGAGGCAGAAAAUGCAUCAGAGGUCCUCAUAGGAAUUUCAAAAGAUUUACUUGGUAGAGUUCAAGUUUUACAAUUCAAUAUAAAUGGUUCAAUACAGAGAGAAGCUGAGUUGAAAUUAAAAUUUGAAGGCUCCAUGGAACAACUGAAAGCCAAAGAUUGUGAGUUGCUUAAUUGUAAGAACAAGAAUGCUGAGCUGAAGAGCACUAUACAUUUGCAAAUUAAUGCCUUGAAAUCCAAAUUGAUGGAAACUGAACUAAAACUGACUGAUACCAAUUUUGAGACUAUGACUUUGAAGGAGAAGUUGAAUUUUCUUGAGAAACAGCUCAAGGAAUCUGAGGAAAAAAUUGAAGUGCUUAAAAGACAGUUACGAGAAACAGAUAUGCAACUUCAGCAGGCUGUGGCUUCAGCUGAAGCUAGUCAGGAAAAGCAAAACAUGCUAUAUGCUACAAUCAAUGACAUGGAAAAUUUGAUCAAGGAUCUGAAGUUGAAGGUUGUGAAAGCAGACAGUAGAGCUGAUCGUGCAGAGGAAAACUGCAUCCUAUUAUCUGAAUCAUAUGCGGAACUUAACGAGGAACUGAGGCUUGUUCGUGGUAAACUUGGUUGUUUGGAGGCAUCUUUGCAACAGGCAGAGUAUAGAAAGAAGGCUUCAGCAAAGGACAUUGAUGUGCACACUAAAGUUAUAACCAAUUUGGUUAUGCAAUUGGCCAUUGAGAGAGAUCGUCUUCAUAAGCAGCAGCCUACACCAACAAUUCACUGCAUAAGGACACUUGAAAAAGAGGUGCUGAAGGUCUUCUUGCUUCAUACAACAUAGAUGGCAAAUAUGAGGAGACAGACAAUGAGAGGGAAGCUUUUUUUGCAGUAAAGGGGCACAGUUUAAAUUCCCUUGAAGCAUAAUCUACACUGAUAUAUUGACUCCUUUAGGGCUCUUAGUUUUCCAAAGCCCCUUGUAUAAUGAAACAUCAAUGGGAGAAGUAAUUGAUAGAUGAGUGACCAAGGAUUUAACAAUGAAGAAGCCACUUGGUUCUAGGGACCAAACUUUCUUAUAUGGGAUAGAGUAUACCAUUUUCCCAUUUAGAAAAUCAUCGGUGAUUGAAAGUCAACAACCUCCUCCUCUUUCAAUAAUCUUCUAAAGUAAAUCGCCCAGGAAGCUAUCGAACUAGAUAUUGAGAAAGCAUUUGACAAAGUUGAUUGGAAUUUCUUUAAUGAACUUUCGCUUGUUAAGGGCUUUGGCACAAAAUGGAGUAGAUGGAUAAGAGGAUGCAUCAAUUAACUUCAUCGUUAUUAAUGGAAAGCCUAGAGGGAAAUUCAAAGCUAUUAGAGAUUUAAGAUAAGAUGAUCCAUUAUCACCAUCAUAGAUACGUACUGUCUUGGUAAAAUCUUGAUAUUGGCCACUGAAAGUGUUUUCCUUUUUUGGUCAUGACAUUCCCCAUACAUCCAUCAACGUUAAUUAUCUUGUUGAUGACACUUUGCUCUUCUACAUCAACAACGAAGAAAAGAUUGAAAAUCUCAUCAAUCUGAUUAAUCUAUUUGGAGAAGCUUCUGGCCUCAUUAUUAAUAGACAAAAUUCGGAAUUUUUGGCAUCAACUUUGAAGAGUCUUGGGUGGAAAUUAUUGCUACAAAGUUCGAUUGUAAGGUGGGUCAGUGGCCAACUUCAUAUCUGGGGUUCCUCCUUCAUGAUAAGCCAUCCUCUAUUUCCUUUUGGAUUGACAUCUGUAGGUUAUGUAAAUAUUAUAGUAAACGAUCAAAUGGCCUCAUGAAAUACAAACCUCCAGCCUAUUUGAGAGGGUUGGAUACUCUCUCUUUCCUCAGAAAACUUUUCUAUGGACAAAGAAGGCCUAAAGCCUAUUACUACCCACACUCAUCCAAACAUACGGUGGUCACACCCUUAUCUACUAACUUUCAUGCUGAAUUCCCCUUCUUGCUCCUCUUCGAGUUUGUAAUUAGUAUUUGGGGCCCAGCUGAUGGUCUGAUCCUUUUCUGUAGUUAGGUUUAAACUUGUUUUGUUAAGGCUUACUUUUUACAUGCCUUUGUACGUUCUUUCAUUCUUCUCAGAGAAAGUGUGGUUUUUUACCAAGAAAAAAAGUGCAGAUCUCAGGUUGAAGAAGAAAGCAAGUGGUGUGGCAAAUACAGGUGCAGUAAAACAAGUUUCGAGGGGUUGGCUAGAAAGAAAUCCUAAGUAGCACGAAUACCUUUCUGCAUUUGCCGGUCCAUGAACUUAAGCUCCUUUGACUUCUUUUCCAUCUUUCCUGUUCGAUAUCCCCUUUCGAUUGAGCCACUGCCGUGACCCUUGUUUUGCACCUUUUCUUACCACAGAUGGUCUUUCCGAUUACGAGUCCUCUCCUUUUCGUCCUGUUGACCAUGAGUUCACCAAUGGGUUCUUCUUCCUUCUCUUUCUCCUCGGCUUGUUCUUCAUCUUUCUUGUUUGGUUUCCAACUCCAAUUGAAAUGCUGCCGCCUCCAUUGCAUUGUACAAACAACUUCUUCAUGUCCAGGGCAUCAUCAUUCUUCAAACCACUGUUGGUUUUUAUUUCCAUUUUAUACUCGACAAUCUCAUCCCAUUUUUGCUCAUCUUUCAUAUUUUCUUGCACUUUCUUCAUCCAAGCCUAUUCUUCCUCCAUUUUGCAAUUGUUCUCUGCAGUCCACUUUUGUGCUUGCUCCCAUGUCCAUGGAAUUUCUCCUCGUUCCUCCAAUCCGUGUUUGUAAUCCUUACUUCAUUUUACCACUCGCUCCCAUGACCAACCUGCUUCUUCCAUUUUCACUUUAUGUUUCAUUCGUGUCCCCUUUGAAGUUCUUGGUUCUUCAAUCUAACGACUCAUAGUACUCUUUUGCACUUCUUCCACAACAUUUUCAAUACAUUUGCAGAGAUCCAACAUCGUUUUCUUCAACUCUGAAAUUGCCUUCUUGCUGGUCUCCAUCUGUUCUUUGAGUCAUUUUUGUGUCAUAGCUCUUGUCACUGCAUGAUUGUUCUUUCUUUGGUACCUAUUUUUUAGGAUCUCACCUAUCAAGUAUUAUCUCAAGAACAAAAGAUGAACUCAAGAAAUAUUAUAGAACAAUCAAAUAUGAGAAUAUAUGAAAUAUUUGUUAGAAUACCUCAUGAACAAGUAACCUUAGCCUGUCAAGAGUGCUAGGCUCUCCCAAGGUUUCCUUACAAGGAAAUCCCACUACAAAAUUCUUCACACCUUUCCCUAACCCCUCAUCAUCUAUUUAUAACCAAAAUACUUAACCAACAUACCAAAUAUUUACUAAUGUGCCCCAACCAAACACCCUACUAACAUUCUCCUAAUAAUUCUACUAUUUCAAUCAUUAGUGGACACGGAUACUUUUGGCUAGUGUUUUUUUUUGGUUUUUUGGUUUUCUUUGGUUCUUGUGAUCUCCUAAAGCAUGGCUUUUGGAAGUGGAUUGUUUUUUUGUUUUUUUUGACCUUAUCAAUAUAGAAUUGUCUCAUCAAAUAAGAUAACUAGGGAUAGAAAGAAUGUACGCAGGUGGAAUAUUAAAAUAAGUAAUGUGCUAACUUUACAUCUUAGUAUUAACUGGUAUCGUAAUACACAUCUU